GCGGCGCUGUUAGUAAGAAAACACACCGAGCCACGCGACAAGCGCUCGCCGAAGAACACGAGCGAGCUGCUUCAUUUAUCCGAGGAUAGGAUACCAUGCAUCCGUUUUAGAUUACAUUUUAGAAGUAGUAACUGCUGUUUCAUAUUUAGGUAAAAUGGCCGCGAAUCCACCGGUACAAGGAUUUCAGAACAAAAACAGGGUUGCUAUUCUAGCCGAGCUGGAUAAGGAGAAGAGACGCCUUAUACAGAGUCAGUCUAUGAAUAACCCAGGAGCCAGCAUUCCUCUCUCUCGACCAGCAGUAAAUAAAGAGUUCAGGGAUCAGGCUGAACAGCAGCACAUUGCAGCACAGCAGAAAGCAGCUUUACAGCAUGCACAUGCACACUCGUCCGGCUUCUUCAUCACUCAGGAUUCCUCCUUCGGUAACCUUAUACUGCCUGUGUUACCAAGACUCGACCCAGAGUAAAUAAAUAAUCAGCUACAUAGACUGACUUACUGUUUUGUAAAAACUUAAAUGUGGUUAUGCUAGAUGACUUUGAUUUUUCAUUAUUGUAAAUGUUUCUGGUUUUUUUAGAUUGUAAUAUGCUAGUCAUUAUUUUUUCAUGAUUUUAUAUAAAAUGGAAAAAACAA